UACUCCAGAUAUGAUCACUAGCGCUGAAUGGUCAUUCCCAACUACACUUACGAAGAAAAACUACUUGGCACAAAACUAGAAAUCAGCAAUUUCGUUUCAAAAUCCUACACUCUAUAUCUGUCUUUUCUAAUACGGUGACCACAAGGCACAUGCGGUUAUUUAAAUUUAAUUACACUUAAAAAUUAAGUAAAAUUUAAAAUUUAGUUUCUCAGGUGCAUUAGCCUACAGAUCAAAUGCUUAACGGCCACGUGUGGCUAAUAGCUAUCAUGUUGAACAGCAAAGGUAUAGAAAUGUCGCUAUGACAGAAAGUUCUAUGGGACUGGGCAAUGAAUAGUACGAAGGCGAAGUCAUCCAAGAACGUGGCUGCCCAAGCAGCUUCAGGCGAGGCGGCGACACAGUUCCGGGGCCGCACAUCCCGAGGGGCCGCGGGCUCCGGGAUAUUCGCGCGGACGCGGAGCCCACGAGCUGGGGAUACCCUCCACAGGCGGGCGUUAAACCGCGCGGGCAGCGCUGCGAGAGCUCCCAAACAGGACUCGAGCGGGGAGCCCCGAGGCCGUGCGUUUCCCCGCCGCGCCAGACAGGGAGGGCCUAGAUGUGCCGGCACUGGUUGGUCAGAGGCGGUGGCCUCUGACCUUUCCGCGAGCUGAGAAGACGGCGGGAGGAAAAAAGGCAGACACAACGCUGGGCGCCCGGCGGUCCCUCCGCUGACGGCGGGUAAUGCUCGGACAGCGAACCGGCGGUGGGGGGUGCCCGGGCCUCCCGGGCGACGGCGAAGGCGGAGUCCCGGCCCGGCCGGGGAGGCUGGCUGAGAGGCCCCCCCAGCUGCCCGCCAAAGUAAACAAGGCCGCGACAUGCGCUGCGCACUUACCGGGAGCUGCGGCCUCGCGGCCGCUGAGCCCGGACGAGCCAGACCGGGUCAGGCCGGGCCAGAGGGACUGGAUUGGGGAGAAGCGGCGGCAGAGGCGGCGGGCCGACGCCGGUCAAGCCCGUGCUGCUUCCUCCAGAAGAGUCGUCCCCGCAGCUCCGGAAGUACUUGGCGCCGUUGCGUCACUUCCGGAUCGGGGUCGACCCACGGUCGCUCAGGUCGCGACUGGCUCCUGGUUAGAGGGCCUCUUUAGCGCCGCCUCCUUGCAAUUUAGCGCUCUGACCCAUAGUCUGACUAGGGUACGGCAGGUGCCGACCGCGUCUGAUGCCACCAUUCGCCUACCAGCGUCUCCCGUUGAGAUGUUCUUAACCAACGCGUUUCUCACCGCCUUGUCAUUUCACUGGUACUCCGGGAUCGGGCACGGAGAAGACAUCCUGGCGUCGGUGGAAUGUCUAAAGACCAUUGUUUCCCGGCCGCUAUCUGGUCUGAGGGGAGCUGGGCCGGGAAUUUCUGCCUACACCCCGAGGCGGUCGCCGGGUGGCCCCAGAGCCGCAACCAUACCACGCUUUCGCUUCCCCCGCCGCGGCCUCGUUCGCCGCCCAGUUCGACUUACCGUCACCGUGCAAGGUUGCAUCUUAACUGCCUUGCUUGCAGUUUCUUUUCACACUAUAGGAGUUGUCAUCAUGACUUCCAGUUACCUUCUGGGACCGGUUGUCAAAUGGUGUGGCUAGAACUCAGAUUGUUGCUGCACCACAGUGGAAAUGCCAAUGUGAAGCCGCUGAUGUUAGGAAGGCUCCAGGGUGUGCAAUUCCAUAGACAACAAAUCAAAUCAUUUCCAACCAUACUGGACUCGCGUAUAUACGCAUUUAAGACACCUGUGAUGGCCGGUCGCUGUGGCUCAUGCCUGCAUUCCCUGCAUUUUGGGAAACCAAGGUGGGAGGAUCGCUUGAGCCCAAGAAUUUGAUGUAGUGAGACCCCUCCUUCUUUCUACAAAAAACAAAAACAAAAACAAAAAAAACUAAAAAUUAGCUGGGCGAGG